UAUUUCAUUGUGUACCUAAUCUUUGUAUUAGUCAGACAAAAUCGUGACUAAUGGGUGUACCUACAUUUUAUCGAUGGCUCUGCAGCCGUUAUCCUCGGGUGGUACAUGACGCUAAGGACGACAGUAACGAAAACAACUUCGACUUUAGUGAUUUGGAAUCAUAUGGUUUGGCAUUGCUGAGUCCCAAUCCAAAUGGAGAGUUCGACAACCUUUAUAUUGAUAUGAAUGGGCUAAUCCACCCGUGUUGUCAUCCGGAAGGUCUUGAACAACCACCAUCAGAGGAAGUUAUGUUCCAAUGCAUCUUUGAUUAUUUGGACAGGCUAAUGUAUAUUAUACGUCCUCGAAAGAUUCUAUUUCUGGCCAUUGAUGGUGUUGCACCUAGGGCUAAAAUGAAUCAACAGAGAUCUAGGAGGUUCAAGUCUGCUGCCGAAGCUGAUUUGGAAGCUGAGAUAUACAGUAAAGUUGCUGCAGAAUUCGCACAGCGCAAUGUUCGAAUCCCCCCGAAGGAAUCGCGUUGGGACAGUAACGUUAUAACACCUGGCACUCCCUUUAUGCACGAGUUGAGCAAGAGAGUUGUAGCCUACAUUAAGGAACGCCGUGAUAUGUAUGAAGCAUGGUCACGCAUACAUGUGAUUUAUUCGGACGCAAACUCUCCGGGAGAAGGAGAGCACAAAAUAAUGAAUUUUAUUCGCAACCAAAGGCAUAGUGAUCAAUAUGACCCCAAUACGAAACAUGUCCUCCACGGGAUGGACGCCGAUCUUAUAAUGUUAGGACUAGCUACUCACGAAGUAAACUUCUACAUAAUUCGUGAGAUUGUUAGCAAUUUGAAUCCUACGAAGAAAGCUGAAGAUGAAAUUAGGAAGUCUAUAGCUGUUGCGCAGACAUCUAGACCACAGUUGAAAGAUAUCAAAUCGUAUAGAUCAAUGCUACGGCAAAAUUGGAAGCCAUUACAAUUUUUAAGACUUCCCGUUUUGAGGGAAUACUUAUCGCAUCAACUUUACUUUCCUCGUGGUUGGUCACGAGGUAAUAGUGGGCCUAUUGACUUCGAAAGGUGCAUAGAUGACCUGGUGCUGAUGUGUUUUUUUUGUGGCAAUGAUUUUUUACCACAUUUACCGUCUAUAUCAAUCCAAGGAGGUUCGAUAGACCAGAUGAUAUUGCUGUAUCAAAGCUUAUUGCCAGAUUUGGGCGAUUACUUAACUAAUGAGGGUGAAAUCAAUUUUCCCCAAUUAGGAGCCUUUGUAUCAUAUAUUGCGAAUGUGGAAGAUCAGGUUUUCAAAGCCGAGCAAGAAUUUAAACAACGCCAAAAGAUGCGCCGACUGCAACACUCAGGAGAUAAUACUGAGAAUAAAGAUCAAGUUUCACGGCCGACAGAUUUUGACAAUGCAGGGGGCGAGACUGUUCUCAAAAAUCAGGACAGUAGUACAUUAAAUAAUGGUCUAGAAAUCGAGUUCAAAAAGAGAUGCGCAGAGCUUUUAAAACAAGAACGGGAGGUUGAUGACCCAGUGGAACCCAUAGACCUAUCCUUAAAUGAUCCAGUGCGUUGGAAAGAAACGUAUUAUCGCAAGAAGUUUGGUCUGUGUGAAUCGCAAGAUGUUUGGGAGUUUGCAUCACAGGUUGCAAAUCACUAUAUCAAGGGCAUGUGCUGGGUUUUGCGCUAUUAUUACCAGGGUUGUACCAGUUGGGGAUGGUAUUAUCCAUUCCAUUAUGCCCCCUUUUGUUCUGAUCUCAACUUUGAAGGAUUAGAAUUCACUUUUGACUAUGGGAAGCCGUUUACCCCUUUCCAGCAGUUGAUGAGUGUUAUGCCUAUAAGAUCAUCACAUUGUUUACCUGAGCAGCUUCGUCAUUUGAUGACAGAUACUGACUCCCCAAUAGCUGAUUUUUAUCCAAUUAAAUUUGACGAGGAUCCCAACGGGAAACGCUACAAAUACCAAUGGGUGGCAUUAUUACCAUUUAUCGAUGAGAAGAAGUUAUUAAACCUGGUCAUACCAAUAGAGGCUAUAUUACCUAAGGAAUUGCAGGAUCGUAACAGUGAAAAAAAAGACAUGCUUUUUGCUAACCCAGCAGGUCCAACCUUAGUUGGACAAAUAGAAGAUACGGGCACACAUACUGAGUUUGUGUCUUGCUCUGACAUGAAGCAUCGCAGUUGUCUACUAAAGGGUGCCUUGGUACCUGCUAAUAUUCUGAAGAUGCAGGAUCUGAUGGAGGAGGGAAGAACCAGGGGCUUUAAUUGUGAAACCGCCAAACGAAUGAUAAGCAACGUCAUAGGUUCAGGUGGUAGAUUACACAACCAUCAAAGUAAUCGCAAUCCUUCCGAGAAUAACAAUAAUGAGAUUCUGCGUCCUAAUGCAAGGGAUUUCCAUCAAAAGACUAACGCCUAUUCAACACAGAUGAUGCCGACAACGGACUGUAGAUCCGGUAUAUCUAAGAAUCACAGGGGAUACGACCACAGAAACAGCAACCUUGAUAUUUACCCUACGGAUAACAGCGCAUCACAGACAUGUGAUAGAAAACCAAUACACAGAGACGAUAGACAACAUCAAAAGGGGUCGUGGGUUCGUGAUUUCAAUCGAAAUGAAUCCAAUCGUUAUAAUUCAGAUCGCAACUACGCGAUGAGGACAGAUGAUGAUCACUAUGAGCGUGGUCCUCACUAUAUGGAUCAUGAUGCAAAUAGGUCAUAUGGACGGAAAAAACAGGUAUAUGAUGAUCAACCUUCUCGAACAACACAAAGGCGGGACGAAAUGCGCACCCAUGGUAGCAGCCGCCAAACAUUACCUCUGAAGGAACAUAGUACUCCAUAUUCUUCAACUGUAAACAAUAGAAACGAGGGUUAUCAGGUUAAUAAACCAGAUUACAAGGCUGGACACAAACUGGAACGUCCAUCACGUUCACCACCGCGUGGAAUAAUUACACAAACAGGUAAACAUCUUGGCCAAAGCAACGUCGAAACUGAAUUGACACGCUCACAAAAGCGCGCCAAAAACACUCAUGAAGGUGAAAAGAGGUUAACAAAGCCGUAAAACCCUGGAAGUGGUUAGAUUCAAGACUCACUAUGUACCUUGAUGUUGCC